GCGAUGGCUUGCAGUCUGGCGCUACCGAAGCCUCUCUGGAAGGGCAGGGUUCCAGAAAGGGGCUGGAAGUUCCGGCUGCGUAAUUUCUGUGCGCGAAGUUCGGGUCCUCGGCCCUGGGGAGGGUUUAGAAGGGAGCGCACUUCCGGUGCCCUUUCUCCCGCAAGCGCCGCGGGCCCCGGACCCUCGUGUGAAGGGGUGCGAUCUCUAAACUGGAGCAGGGUAGAAGCGGGCCGGCACCUGCUCCUGACCUCUGGUGCCGCCGGCCAUAGGAUCGGACAUGGCCCAGAACUUGAAGGACUUAGCGGGGCGGCUGCCCUCCGGGCCACGGGGCAUGGGCACGGCGCUGAAGCUGCUGCUGGGGGCCGGCGCCGUGGCCUACGGCGUCCGCGAAUCUGUGUUCACCGUGGAAGGCGGGCACAGAGCCAUUUUCUUUAAUCGGAUCGGUGGCGUGCAGCAGGACACCAUUCUGGCCGAGGGCCUUCACUUCAGGAUCCCCUGGUUCCAGUACCCCAUCAUCUAUGACAUUCGGGCCAGACCCCGAAAAAUUUCCUCCCCCACAGGCUCCAAAGACCUGCAGAUGGUGAAUAUCUCCCUGCGAGUGCUGUCUCGACCCAAUGCCAUGGAGCUUCCCAGCAUGUACCAGCGCCUGGGGCUAGACUAUGAGGAGCGAGUGCUGCCGUCCAUUGUUAAUGAGGUGCUCAAGAGUGUGGUGGCCAAGUUCAAUGCUUCACAGCUGAUCACCCAGCGGGCCCAGGUAUCCUUGUUGAUCCGGCGGGAGCUGACAGAGAGGGCCAAGGACUUCAGCCUUAUCCUAGAUGAUGUGGCCAUCACAGAGCUGAGCUUUAGCCGAGAGUACACGGCCGCUGUGGAAGCCAAGCAAGUGGCUCAGCAGGAGGCCCAGCGAGCCCAGUUUUUGGUGGAAAAAGCAAAGCAGGAACAGCGGCAGAAGAUUGUGCAGGCCGAGGGUGAGGCCGAGGCCGCCAGGAUGCUUGGAGAAGCCCUGAGCAAAAACCCUGGCUACAUCAAACUGCGCAAGAUCCGGGCAGCCCAGAACAUCUCCAAGACGAUUGCCACAUCACAGAACCGUAUCUAUCUCACUGCUGACAACCUUGUCCUGAAUCUACAGGAUGAAAGUUUUACCCGGUGAGACACCUACACAAGGGGUAUCACAGAGAGCAUGGGACCUGAGUCUGGUGGCUUGAAAGACCCAUUUCUGU